AGCACGCCGCGCUUGAAUAAGGGCAGGGAUCGCGGCUCCUACCUAUCGGUCACCACCUUACCCGUUCCUCCCCCGCCCCAACGCCUAGCACAGUGCCCUGCACACAGUAGGCGCUCAAUAAAUGUUCGUGGAUGAUGAUGAUGAUGAUGAUGAAAAAAAUGCAGCAUCAACGGCAGCAGCAAGCGGACCACGCGAACGAGGCAAACUAUGCAAGAGGCACCAGGCUCCCUCUUUCUGGUGAAGGACCAACUUCUCAGCCGAAUAGCUCCAAGCAAACCGUCCUGUCUUGGCAAGCCGCGAUCGACGCUGCUAGACAGGCCAAGGCUGCCCAAACUAUGAGCACCUCUGCGCCCGCACCUGUAGGAUCUCUCUCCCAAAGAAAACGUCAGCAAUACGCCAAGAGCAAAAAACAGGGUAACUCGUCCAACAGCCGACCUGCCCGCGCCCUUUUCUGUUUGUCACUCAAUAACCCCAUCCGAAGAGCCUGCAUUAGUAUAGUGGAAUGGAAACCAUUUGACAUAUUUAUAUUAUUGGCUAUUUUUGCCAAUUGUGUGGCCUUAGCUAUUUACAUCCCAUUCCCUGAAGAUGAUUCUAAUUCAACAAAUCAUAACUUGGAAAAAGUAGAAUAUGCCUUCCUGAUUAUUUUUACAGUCGAAACAUUUUUGAAGAUUAUAGCGUAUGGAUUAUUGCUACAUCCUAAUGCUUAUGUUAGGAAUGGAUGGAAUUUACUGGAUUUUGUUAUAGUAAUAGUAGGAUUGUUUAGUGUAAUUUUGGAACAAUUAACCAAAGAAACAGAAGGCGGUAACCACUCCAGUGGCAAAUCGGGAGGCUUUGAUGUCAAAGCCCUCCGCGCCUUUCGAGUGUUACGACCACUUCGACUAGUAUCAGGAGUGCCCAGUUUACAAGUUGUCCUGAACUCCAUCAUAAAAGCCAUGGUUCCCCUCCUUCACAUAGCCCUUUUGGUGUUAUUUGUAAUCAUAAUCUAUGCUAUUAUAGGAUUGGAACUUUUUAUUGGAAAAAUGCACAAAACAUGUUUUUUUGCUGACUCAGAUAUCGUAGCUGAGGAGGACCCAGCACCGUGUGCGUUCUCAGGGAAUGGACGCCUGUGUACCGCCAAUGGCACAGAGUGUAGGAGUGGCUGGGUUGGCCCCAAUGGCGGCAUCACCAACUUUGAUAACUUUGCCUUUGCCAUGCUCACCGUGUUUCAGUGCAUCACCAUGGAGGGCUGGACAGACGUGCUCUACUGGAGAAUUCUCAAAGGAAAGGGAGAAGGCGAAAGCACGGGGAGACUUCCAGAAGCUGCGGGAGAAGCAGCAGCUGGAGGAGGAUCUCAGGGGCUACUUGGAUUGGAUCACGCAAGCAGAAGACAUUGACCCCGAGAACGAAGAAGAAGGAGGAGAGGAGAGCAAACGAAAUACUAGCAUGCCCACCAGUGAGACGGAGUCUGUGAACACGGAGAACGUGAGUGGGGAAGGCGAGAACCAAGGCUGCUGUGGGAGC